CACUGGCUCUGCCAUGACAAAUGUCAGGAGAGCGCAGAACAAUGCCACCAAAGCUGCCGCUCAGAGACUUGCACAGGUUAUGUCGCAUCAAACUAUUGACGAAGAAGAAGACGAAGACGACAUUCCUCUUGAUUAUUCUUCGAUCAGUGUCACCGGAAGCAUUGGACUCGGUGGUGGAAGAGCAAUGCGACCUCGCUCUCCCAUGACAGUUAAGAGUACUCCAGAACAACCUCUACCAGCGAGAUCGCGUUCACCAAUUUCAGUUCGCUCUGCUCAAGAACAACCUCUAUCUGCAAGAUCGCGGUCACCGAUGUCAUUUCGCUCUGCUCAAGAACAACCUCCACCUGCAAGACCACGUUCCCCAGCGCCGCCAGUGUCAGUUCGCUCCGUUCAAGAACAACCCCAAUCUUUAAGAGCCAUAUCAAGUGUUCGAUCAUCUUUCCCUGCAAAUGCUGCCGAGCAAACCCCAUCACGAAUUUCCCCACAUGCCAAUCAAGUGGAGCAACAGCCACCCUCUGCUCGUUCGACAAUGGGAAAUAGAACCCUCGAUCUGUCUCCCUCAGCACGCAGUUUAGCCAUUUCUCGGUCGGCUCAAUCUAGUAAUGCGAACAAUGAUCAACCUCCAUCUGCUCGAGCAAACUCAGGGCGUCCUAGUGGACUUUCGAAAGUGGUUCCCUUGGUGCCAGCUAGUGUACCUAUCACACUCAGGCCAACUACUUCUGGUGGCGUUCCUCCAUCAGAGUCUAUCGUAGAUAUUAAAAAAGACAGGAGAUUGUCACUUGAUCUGGGGAGUAUGAAAGUAAGAGAAAAUGUCAAUCAGCAGCAGCAGCGCCCUGCUACUGAGCUUGAGGAUGAGCUUGAUAUGCUACAAGAAGAAAACGACAAUUUACUUGAAAAGCUUCGACUUGCAGAGGAGAGAUGCGAUGAAGCUGAAUCGAGAGUUAGGCAACUAGAGCAACAGGUUGCUAAUCUUGGAGAAGGGGUAACUUUGGAGGCUCGCCUAUUAAGCAGGAAGGAGGCGGCACUGCAACAAAGAGAGGCUGCUCUAAAAAUUGCUUCAAAGAGUCACGGAGGUUUUCAAGGGAGUACAGCACUUCAGACGGAUGCUGAGACUGCUAGGGAGGAGGCAACAUAUGCAUUGGAGAAGCUGCGACUCAUGACUCAGCGAAUGAUACUCACGACGGAAGAAAUGGAAGAUGUUGUUUUGAAGAGGUGUUGGCUAGCUCGGUACUGGAAUUUAUGCUUUCAACAUGGCAUUCAUGCUGAGAUUGCUGAAGCGAAAAGCAAGUACUGGUCUACUUUCGCCCCUAAUCCAGUUGAUGUCGUAUUGGCUGCUGGAGAGAAAGCUAAAAAGGAAACAGACCUUGAUUUAGAGGAUACAGAAGAUCAACGUGACCUGAAUGAGCUUUCUGGAGAGGGAAAUAUUGAGAACAUGCUUUUUGUUGAGCAAGGUUUGCGGGAAUUGGCUUCUCUAAAGGGACAAUUUUCAAGUGUGAUCUAUUCCUCAACAACUGCUGUAAUUUGGAAAGAAAUGCAUAGGAGAUUCCAACAACACAAUGUCCAUCCAUUAUAAAGGGAGUUGUUGAGUUGUACAGAGGGUUCUUUAAUAGUAAACUGGUAUUUCAAAAAAAUCAAGAUCUUUGGGAAGAAUUGAGAGUAUUGGCUGGUGCGUAAGUGUGUGUGUAGUAGGUGACAAAGAUGCAAGCUAAAAAAAAGAGUCCAACCCAAAAGACUAAUCUAUUUGGUGGGAGAACUCAUUAGCUUACAAGCCUCACUUUUUACACGAGACUCCCCAAUGCUGGAGUCCUAACAUUGUACCAUUGUUCAAGAGAUGAUGCGCUCACCAACUUUCACUUUCAAUUCACUAAGAAACAAUGAUGUUCGGUUGUGGCAUAGAUAGAAGAUUACGCCAACUCUAUAAUUAAAUGGUGUAAAUAAUUUGUAAUAAAGUUCCAUUUCUUUUCUUCUAAUUUUGAUUCUCAUGAGUCAUGAAUGCUCUAUUUUUCCUUUGUACAAAUUACAUAGUGUUGAAAGUACCACAUUGGAUAGUAAUAUGACCUAAAUAGUACUUAUAAGUGGUGGAUAUUCUAGAUGUCUAGUUCUGGCAUGAGGGGAGUUGUUGAGAAUCUCACAUUAGAUAAUGAUAUAAGUGGCAGGUAUUCCUCAUAUUACAAGUUAGUUUUGUGAGGAUGAGUUGUUGAGAAUCCCACAUUAGAUAAUGAUAUAAGUGGUAGGCAUUCCUCAUAUUACAAGUUAGUUUUGUGAUGAUGAGUUAGGCUUACGGCUGAGUUCUAAGUCAUAGAUUACCCUUCAUUGUUAUUUAUCCAAAAAAGUCAUAACAAUCAUUUCACAUAGUGAUACAGACCACAUUGAAAUUUGUAGUAGAACAAAAAUAUUAGCACCUUCUCAAUGAUGCUAGAGCAUUAAUGUUUAAGUCUAAGGUUCAUGAUUGGAUUUCUUCGUUGUAAUUGUU